AUGGCAUCUUUGUGCUUUUGCACGCGAAGCGAAUGGUACGAAUGGUACAAGGACAGUGAGCGAGCUCUUACCGCAGACUCCGACUCCAAUGCGGCGGCGGUGGCGCCUUAUUCAGGUUCGGGGCCCCAGAAUACCAUUCGUACUUCGGCUGACAUGUCCCCGCCUCAGCUACUCCCCUUGUCUCCUUGGCUCUAA